CAAUGUUUUGGGGAUCUCAUGCCCUGUUUCGUGCCCUUUUCUCCCGGCGAGCUUGGAGCGAGUAAUUCCAUCCCACGCCGCUUGACUGCCUGCCUACCAGAGCAGAUCCCACUCGGACGAGACCAGCGCCAAGGCUAGGGGUAAAUGCCGUAUGCUAAAUAGUGGUUCACACACGGGCUAGAUACUCUGAACGGGCGAGUGCGCCAAGCGAAUGCUGAAUUUCACCUCGGCGGAUAUUAAGAACGCACGGAUUAAUGGACCGAGGAGGUCGCAAAUAGAAGUUAGGUCUAAGAAUAAGCCAUCCUUUAUUAUGCACAAUUUCGUUUCUAGCUAAGCAAAAGGUGUUUCAGUUGUUUUUUUAUUUUUAAAAUAAAUUUACAUUUUUUUUUUUUUUGGAAUUGUGCGGAGAACAUUUUUUUUUACUCGGAGGAAACAAGUUACUCGGUGAUGUUUUCUAGGCGAGCGAGCCUUUUCUAGGCACCUGAGCCUUAUCCUGUUGUCAUAGCCUUAUCUCGACGUCUUCUGUGUGACUUAAUCACAGGAAUAAACUACAAGGUGUUAAUUACAAUUAGUCUUAGACACGUGCAGGUAGCGUCUUUAUACUACAAGGACGUAAAAUUUUACCUCGGGAUUCUUAAAGAAGUUUUUCAAAUCCUAUCUUGGAUCGAAUUGACGUACCAAGACGCGAAUAUUCAGAAGUUCUUCUAACUGGAUGCGUGUGUUCUUUGACUUAGUUGUGAAUAAUUCACUUGGAUUCUUUACUGGAAAAUAACGUGAAAGAUCCAUACAGUCUGGUCAAAGGGGCGGUGCGCACCCUUGCACCUCAUUGCACCAUAACGGAUUCGCGUGGUGCGCAUCUACUACAGGCAUCGAUCUCAGACAUGUUGUUACCCUGAUAGGAAACUGAAAAAAGUUACUCCAGAAUUCCCCCUUCAGACUUUAUCCUGUAAAUUAAGCUCUGGAUUUUAAACUCCAGAACUAAAGCCCCAGAGUAUCUUCUGAUUUUUACCUCCGGAAUUUUCAACUGUAGAUUCUCAGCUUCAGAAUUUUAGCUCCAGAUUUGAGCGUCGGAUUCUUAGCUCUGGAACCAUUCCCGUUCUAUUCUCUGAAAUCUUUGGCGCCCUGUAAGGGUGAGCUGGGUGCCACGGGUCUAAGGCUCAAAUGCCGCGGAUUGGAGGCUGAGUUUCAGACAUCUGCUGUGGAUAUAAAUAGCACAAGGGACGAAACUCUGGAGAUUAAAUUGUUUAACAACAUGCCCGCAAAAGAAGAGGACCACAGCCAUUCCUCUCACACUAACUCACCCAACAGUCAAAGUCCGGACACUGCAGGCAGUGCCAACGCUGCCAAAAAACCAACAAGAAAGCGAGACUUUGACGCUUUCUCCGCAGGCCACAGUGGAGUCAAUCAACUUGGCGGAGUCUUCGUGAACGGGCGUCCUUUGCCUGACUCCACUAGACAGCGUAUAGUGGAGCUGGCACACAGCGGGGCCAGACCGUGUGAUAUAUCACGUAUAUUACAGGUUUCAAACGGAUGUGUUAGUAAAAUACUAGGCCGUUAUUACGAAACCGGAAGUAUUCGCCCCAGGGCUAUCGGGGGUUCGAAACCAAGAGUGGCGACUCACGAUGUGGUCGGGCGGAUAGCGCACUACAAGCGCGAGUGCCCGAGUAUAUUCGCUUGGGAGAUUCGGGAUAGGUUGCUCAGUGAAGGGAUAUGUAAUCAGGAGAAUAUACCAAGUGUCUCCUCCAUCAACCGAGUACUACGUAACCUGGCCAGCGAGAACCAGAAAGUCAUGGGCCAGGGCUCCAUGUACGAUAAGCUCGGGCUCCUCAACGGUCAGGGCUGGCCGCGCCCCAACCCCUGGUACACCCCCACGGUGUCGGCCAUGGGCGGGCUGGCGCACCCCUCGGCCUACUCCCCCUCGCAGGCCGCCUCGCACCAUCUCCUGCACGAGAAGAAAAGUGAGUGGCACGAUGAUCUGAUUAGCAGCGCCGGCUCCACCGGAAGUCAGAGCGACGGGCAGACCGGAGAGACAGAUGAGCAAAUGCGCAUGCGUCUUAAACGGAAGUUACAAAGAAACCGGACGUCGUUCACGGCUACGCAAAUAGAAUCAUUGGAGAAAGAGUUUGAACGGACUCAUUACCCAGAUGUCUUUGCGCGCGAGCGACUCGCCCAGAAAAUAGAUCUUCCCGAGGCAAGGAUCCAGGUGUGGUUCAGCAACAGGAGAGCCAAAUGGAGGAGGGAGGAGAAGCUGAGGAACCAGAGGAGGGACGUCUGCAACGGCGCCACGCGGCUCCCCAUCAACCACACCUUCAGCAACGGCAUGUACCCCGGGGUGCCGUCAGCCAUACACCAGCCGAUUCCAUCCAUGUCCGACACCUACAGCUCGAUGCCGCCUAUGCCAAGCUACUCUCUCUCCAACAACAUACCCCCCAACCCAGCCUGUUUGCAGUCGUCUGCUCCUUCGUCCUACUCGUGUAUGUUACCCGGUAAGUGGAGCGACUACAACCGUGGCUACGACCAUCCCUUGUCACUCAGCAACUACGGCCGACCACCGUGCGCACCAUCAGUCAGUAUGCACCAUCAGAACCACAUGGGUCAAUCUUCGCACAACUCCGUCUCAACGGGUUUGAUUUCGCCCGGUGUAUCAGUGCCCCUCCAAGUGCCAGGGGGCACUCAAGACAUGGGCGCCCACCACAUGGGCGCCAUGACCCACCAGUACUGGCCCCGCAUCCAAUGACGCCAGGGGGACGUGUGGGUGUGACCUGACCACGUCACAGAUUUCACGUCAAACCAACCUGCACAUAAACUGAUGACGUCAUAUGGAUAAAAUCAUAUUUGAUGAUGACGUUCUGCCAUAAGACUCCAUCUAAAAAAACAAUUUUAAAAUACACGUUUAAAAAAACUUUAAAACAGUUAUGUUUAUUAAAAAUACAUAGUAUUUAUAAACGCUUCAACAUAUUCACAAUGGUGAAUACAAAUUGUUCCGCAGUAUUGUUGGAAAACAUAUUCUGAAAAGGGCUUACAUAAUAAAAUUUAAAAAUCUUCUUCAACAAAGAUGAUUUCAGCAUGCCAAGCAAGACUACAUCAAAUUCAGUUUAUUUUUCCAAAUGAAAAAAAAAGGAAACAAAAAGAAAACAAAGAUUUUCUGUGUGAAAAAAAAAAAACUAGUUUCAGACUACACGUUAAUCUGAUUUUAUAUUAUUCCCAUAUAGACCCAUUUUAUUCAUAAUGAGAAGAGCGUUUGAUAAAACUCAGUCAUGUGUAAACUUACGUAUGUGGAAGUUUCCCAACAUGCGCCUGUAUUGGGUGGAUUGACUGCACAGUUGCAAGGAAUUCAUUUUUGUGUGUGUAUGCAAGCCAAAAGAAAACAACAACAUACGUUUCACGUGUUUUGGAUGCGGUUUCUCGGAGACGCUUAGCUAUAGUUACUACUAGCUGAAGUUGCUACUAGCUGUAGUUAUCUCUAGCUUAAGCUUCAGUUAACAUUAACUUGGCUACACAAGUUCCAGUAAUUGCUAGGUAGAAUGGCUACUUGCUUCUUUUAUCAUUUGCUAAAAGCUCCAAUAUCGCAAGAUGCCGUUGCUACUAGCUUUAUUUAUCACUAGCUAAACUGGUCAGAUAAAGUUAUCGCUCGCUACAAAAGCAGCUAGCUCCAGUUACCACUAACUAGAGUUACAACUAGCCAGGGUUACUUCUAGAAUUCCCACUGGUAUACCACUUGCCUGGAUCAACACAAACAUAUACUGCCAUUCCAUCUAGUUACAACUAGAAUGGUUCAAAUUACUUCUAGUACGUACGCCACGAAAAAUCUUCAGUGCAACAUUUUCUGGUUAUUCUUUCACACUGUUGAAAAAAAAAUAUGAUAUCUAAAAACAAAUUCCAGAAGACAUUUGCAAAAAGUGUUGUAUGCAAUGUUUGCUCAAUUACAGUACUAAAGAAAUUGUGGCUGGUUUUUACACUCCGUGAAUAUUUUUCUAUUCUUGAAAAUCUGAAAACGGAAUUUUUUUUCCGCCCAAGAAAUAACUUUGUGGUUCCAAAUAGAAUACAAGUGGCCAAAACAACGAUGUUGGCCCAACGUUAACUGUUCUGGCCCACACAGCAACUUGCUGGCCCGAAGAAACGUUGUUGGCCUCGAGACAAUGUGCUAGACGAGAACUGAAUAAAACUGUUUCCUUUCCCUCCCUAAUAAACUAAACAAGUACUGGCCAAAAAGACAAUUAGGUUGGCCUGGACACACCGCAGCAUUGAUGAUGGCCCAGAUUGACAGUUGGCCAAUAUACUUGGGCCAAGAUUGAAGCCAGAAUUGUGACAAAACAUUCAGUAACAGCUUCAAAAACGUUUCAAACAUCACCCAUCUCCUCUAUAUUUGGCACGCCAAUGUCUACUCUACAACUAGGGCUGACCAACUUCAGAACAGCGACGCUCUCUUCUGCACGAAGGAAACUUUAAGGAUUUCAACUUUCCCAGAUGUAUAUUUUCAUAUUUUCUUUGUGAACAUUCAAUUUAUUUAUCUUUUAUAAAAUGCUCAUUGCGAAAAAAAAAUUAUCUUGACAUAUUUACUAAAAGAUAUGUUCAAGAUUCUGGUUGUACCAUGUUAUAGAUAAAAUUAUAAUCUUAUCUAGUCUUAUUAACCUUUAAUUUUCAUGUAGUACACUGCAGUGUGUCUUUUAGUUUAGCUUCAAGUGUUAAUACAUUCAAAUCUCAGAAAUAUAACUGCAGUUUUAAUAGUUGUAUGAUGAUAAACUGUUAGCUUUUACAAAAAAAAAUGUAAGUUUAUCAUAUGCGUAACGGAUGUAUAUCUGUUUGUCAUGACAGUUUAUGUGUGCAUGUGUUUAAUAUGUGUGUUCAUGUAUGUGCUGUGUGUUUAGCUUGUGUUCAACAUGUGCUAAAGUGUAAGCACAUUUUGCCUAUAGUCGACAGGCUAUAGACAACCCUGCUCAAUAUUUACUCUCUAAACACACGAAAAAACACGGACGACUUCAAAUCAAACCACACACACAUUUCUCCCGUGUUUAUUUCAGAUCAUGUUCGAAUUCAACACACUAAAAUAAACACACCGUGUGAAAUCGAAAACGAGGCCCCGUGCACUUAAAUACUCAUUUAGUUGUAGAAAUAACCACAAAAAAACCAACAAUUAUUUAAACAUUUUUUGUAUUAUUUUUUGUAAUAUAUUAUAAUUAUGACUUGGUGUAUUUGAUUGGAUGUCUAUAAAAGCCAACAAUGACAGCUAAUUGAUACAAUCUUUAAGAGUGCGUUACUUGUAUUAGGGUUUUUUCUUUAAUGUGGUUUUUUUCUGGUAAUUUAAAAACUGAAUCUUAAUUAGAUUGAGGGAACAAUAUUCUCUUAAAUUUAUUUUUUCUAAUAACUACAUCGUUUAAAAAAAUGUAAUUUCAUUAUUUUUAAAGAUUUUAUUUUAAAAAAAAAUCAAAACUUGUAAUGUACAUAAAGAGGACUUGUGAAUUAUACAAUGUGGAACUGGUUUAAUACUUGCAAUUACCUUUCUUUUUAAAAUGCUACAUUGGAACUAAAACUAUAAUUUAAUUUAAAGAUUAAAAAAAAAUAAAACAGUGUAACUAAGGAUAUAUGCCUAUAUCAUUACUCUUUUUAAAUUAUACAAUGAAAUUAAAUUUAAAAUACACACACAAAUCAUCAUAAUUUAACUUCCUAGGGUACAUGUUUUUUUGUUUCAAAUUACUACUAAUACAAAUGCAAAUGUUUUAUGGGUCAAUGGAAUUAUUAAACACCGUAUUUUGACUUUUUUUUUGGGAUAAUUGAGCGGUAUUUAAAAAAAAAAUUGUAAUAAUUAUAGGUUUUGUGAAUUACUGAGAGGGCUCGUUUUUAUGUACUCUUUAAUAAUGAAUUUCUUAAUAUUUUUUUAACUUGAAAACCUAUUUUAAUUAAAUGAUUUCUUAAAAAAAUAUGUGCAAAUAUGGAAUAUGACAUUUAUUCGCAAAUUUAUGUAAAUAUAUAAAUAAAUAUUGCAGAUAUAAAUAAAUAAUAGCGUGAAACUAAAAGAUCUCAUAAACUGACUGAGACACAGAAUACGUGAGGAUGAGAAUGAUCCAUGAAUGAGUAGCGUUCACUUGAGAAUCGAAAAACGUUUGUACACAGUGUUUACAUUUAUUUUGGUGAGCGAUUUAAUAAUUUAACAAAAUGCAUUGAUUUAUAUUUUUCUUGUAUGUUUUUUUUUGCAAAGUAAAUGUGUGUGUUUGAAAUAGGUGAGGACAUGAUGUUGAUCUUAUAAUACUUGGUUAAAAAUAUUGAGAUGUAGGCCUAUCUUGUAAGUUUUGUUUGGUUAGAUAUCUCGAGAUUUUACUUGAAUGUCGCUUGUGUUUUGGUUGUGAGACUUGUAAUGAUGAAUGGUGGUUAUAAAUAGAACGCGAGGUAAACAAGCUCAGUACGAGACAGAAUGCGAGUUUUGCAUGUUUGGUUAAUAUAUUAUUAAAUAAUUGUUUAAAAAAAUAUUUGUACUGGAGUUUUUUGAAUUAGAACAAAUGAGAAGGUUAGUGGGGUUUAAUGAAAGUUAGAAGAAUGGCCACGAUAAAGUCGGGCAUAAUUAAAUAACUGGCCAUAAUAGAGGACUGAGUUUCAGUUAAAAACGUGUAAACAGUUUGAUUUUGAAAAAAAAAACCGAAAACAAUUAACCCGUUCUAUUUACAAAAAAAAUAAAUAAAUAAAAAUAAAUGCUUCCUGGCGAGUAAGAGAAUGUUGGGCCAGCUUAAGUUAGUAGAUUACUAGAUUGAUUCAGGGGCGUAACAUGGUGACUGCAUGACAACAUUGAUUUAUUUUGAUUGACUGGUAUAAUUAAAUGAUCGAUUAUUUUAAUUUCUUGCGUGGUUUGAUUAAUUGUUUGUCUUUAUUAAAAAUUGAUGAAUUUCUUAUGGGGUUAUUUCACAAAUGUUUGUAUGAAUUAAAAAUC